UUGAAUAAUACAACUACGGUUGCCGGUUCGGUUCGAAAGAUCGAAUCGGGCUUUGAUUUUUGGCCCGAAAAAGUCGAACGGCCAGGUUCGAUAAAAAUGAGGACGAAAAAACGACUCGAACUUCGGUCCGAUUCGAAAACGGCAAUCCUACUUGCAGCCUUAAUAAUUUAUCGAAUUAUGGUCAAAAUUUGCAAUCGUAAAUUACAAUUAUAUUUUCUCACAUUUUUAUUUUCAAUUUCUCGUCGUCUCGCUCAUCAAACAACUCGGUAUUCUUAUGUAGAUGAAUUUCAUGAUUUCCGUCGUUCAUAUGUGACAUUAGUAAAAAACUUUAGUCUGGAUUGA